GUCGGAGUCAGCUGCUCCAAUCGCCAAGUUAACUUAACUUGAAGAUCGUUGGCACGGGGGGCCCUUAUCCACGUGAUCCUAAUCAGUUUGUUGUAUGUUUUGUUUCAAUUUGUGCGUCAUGCAGUCGGGAUUGUUAACGCUGUCGACGGUUUGGGCUUUUUGAAGAUGGAGCAAGGUGAUCGGCGGGCGGGCGAUGGCAAUUAGCGGACUGAGUUCGUGUGGCAAGCACCUGAGAAACAUAUUGCCCGAAAAGUGAUUGAUAAUCGUCGUUCGUAACUGCAAACAGAAAUAACAAGACAAGCGAAAUUUGUGUGCCUGAAGCGCUGGAUGCGCCCCUACAUCUGCCUCAUGGAGCUGCCAAUCAACCGACCUGGAAGCGGGAACCUGCUGCUGGGACUCACCUCCGUGGUGGGUCUCAUUGGAGGCGCCUAUCUGCUGCAGUGUGGCGCCCAGCAGCUCUUGGGCAAACUAGCCAAUAAGAAGUGGAGGAAGGAGGAGUCCAGCAGCGAGGAUCACGCCUGCAACGUCUGCUGUGCGGACCUGGAUCUGAGCAGUGCCAAAAACUACGUGACAUGUUGCACCUGCGAAAAAUCGGUUUGCCGCGGGCCUAAAUGCGCCGACUGGCGGCCCAAGGACGCCAAGUGGGAGUGCCAGCUGUGCCAGAGCUCCAAGGAGUCGCUGGCCCACACCUCCUCGUGGGUGGCCGAGCAAAUGUCCUUCAACCAGCAUAAGUUUGUCUAUCCGAUGAGGGCUAGGAGCGAGGUGUAUAUACCGAUUGUGGGCGAUGGCAACGACAGCAGCAUGCAAUUCGAGAGCGUUAGCCAGAUUGGACAAAACGCCCACAUGGACGAACGGGCCAAGAUCCGCGAGUACGUCGAGGAGAUUGUGGCCGAAAUGCUGGGCGGCAAUUUGGACCACGUCAAAGUGGGGCAGCUGUCCAAGAGUGAGAACUACUUGCAACUCUUUGAUAAAUUCCAUGCGAAGCUGAGUAACCUGCUUAUCAAUGUGGAAAACAGUUUGUGCGCGCGUGCGCUCAGGGGAGAUCUGCCGGCCAUCGUAAAUGGCCAUACCAACAAUAGUAAUAAUAAUAAUAACAACAACCAUGCGGACUCCGAGCUGGCCGACCUCUCGCAGACCCGACUGCGCAGUCUCAUCGAGACCAUCAUAGCGGAGACCCUGCGGAGCUCCACCCUCAGCGCCAGCGGAGCCGUCUCGGAGAUCAGCCUGGACACCAGGUCUCACGUCUCCGAUCUGGCCAAUGGAAACGGGCUGAAGCGGCGCCAUCGCACCGAGCACUACUUCGAGCCGAAGAUCUACCAGGAUCUGUUGGCCACAGCGGUGCUAAAUAAGAUUGUGGAUAAGGAAGGGAAUACAAGGCUGGCGGCGGAGAGUACGCCGGACUUGAGUGGUCGCCACAUUGACGAGAAUUUCAAUGCCGAAGCGCUGAGCACCACGUCCGGAAGCUCCAUUGAACCACGGAGUGAUUGCAGCCUCACCGAUCAUGAAAUCGGACUGGAUAAUGGCAAAUCCCAAUCCCUGCAAACGGACUUGGAAAGGGAAUCCGUGCUUAGUGACUAUAUAGCCGCACACAUGGUGCCACUGCCGGACUUUUCAGCAUCCGUCACCGAAUCCGAGGAUGAUAUUGGAUCCAUCUCCUCGGGCAUGAUCGGAGAUGGAAACUGGGAGGACAACUGGCUGUUCAAGAAGAAACGCAGCUCGGCCACUCCGAGCAGCAUUGGCAUGCUGGUGCCGGCACCAAGGGAGAAUGUACGUGCCCAGAUUGGGGAUAAGACCACCGACGAGGUGAGCGAUCUCUCCGAGAUUGGUUCGGACAUCGAGGAGAGCUCUCUGGAUCUGCUGCGAUGCAAUGAUCUCAACGAUCGUCUGCUCAGCAAGCACCUUAUUGGUGGGCAAAACACCAAGAUGGUCCUCGACGAGCUCGUAGAUCGCACCAGUCUCACGUCCCACACAUUGCCGGAGGAGAAUGAGCCCGCAUUCACAGAGACAACCAAUGAGUUUGUGGUAUCCCCGAUGGCCAUGCCUUCUGAUAUAAAGGCGCCUUCUCCGACGCCACCUCCGCCACCAAUGAUAUUCCAGGAUGACUUGUUGAACGAGGAACCAGACCACACUCCCAUCGCAGCCCAAGGCGAAUCCGAGGAGCUGUCCAGCCUCGAUGGCUGCACUGGCUUUAGCACAGUCGAGUACAUCGAUGAGGGCCAGAUGCACGAUACUGUGCCAUCGGUGAUCGAGAUCUUGGCAGCCAUGGCCCUGGGACCCAUGCUAGCUGUUCCGGCAUCUGAACAGCCCGGUGCCAUGACACCCAGUGAGAUGCACACCCUCAAGGAACUGAGUGACUUGGCACUCGCCGAGAUCAAUGCUCGCACCGUGGACCUGGUGCACGCCCACUCACUGGACAUAAUUGAAGAGGAGAACACGGAGCCUUCAGAAACUGGCCCAGAGCAGCACCUUGACUUCGUCCCACAUUCACCGCUCGAAGAGCUUGCAACUACUGACCAAACGGAUGUGCUUCCACCUCCUCCACAAUUAAAGCUUAUAUAUGAGACUGAACCGCCGCCGCCUAUAGAAAUGGACCAAGAUAUCAAUUGUAUGGAACCUCAGUAUACUGCAGCAAUUGUUCCUGAAUUAGAGAUUCCAGGACAGAAUGCGCCUGUGGAAAUUGUUUCGCAGAUGAAAGCUGAUGAUGUUACUCCUCUAGAGUCCGUGCAGAUUGUGCCAGAAAUAACACCUCCUACGGAUAUUGUACCAGAAGACCAAUCUAACGUGGAAUCAAUUCAAGUAGCAUCAACAGCAGAAGUUGUCCAUGUGCCAUUGCCUGUGGAAUCUGGUCCGGAAAUACCAGUGCCCUUUGAAAUCGUCCCAGAUCCCGUGGAUCCACCAGAAGUUAUAAAUUUCGUUUCGCUGGACAUGGAAACGCCAAUGCCUUUGGACUACGAUCCUGAAACUAUAAAACUGGAUCAAGGCCACGUAGCCAACUUGGUUCCAGGUGAUCCCACAGCAAGUUUAUCAGAACGAAUUCCGGAAAUGAUUGCAGACCCCACAGCAGCGGCACUCCCUGAGCCUAGUCCCAUACCUGUCCCAGUGGACAAUGGUACACAAUUGGAUGAACUAGGAACUAUUGAAGAUGAUUCACAUACUACAUCAGUCCCAAUGGAAAGCGUUUCUAUAGUGGAACCUCAAGUGCCUGUGGAAGCUGAUGCCCUAACUCAAUCUGAUCCUGUGAACUUACUAGAGUCGCUGGAUAAUGUAGAGAUUCCACCUUUACCAGGGCCAAUAUGUUCAGAGCCUGCAAAUAUUGCAGCCGAUUCAUCGCUACCUUUAGAAGCCGCAGAGCCCGUGGAAUCAACUCCUAUAGAAGUUGCUACAUUGGAUUCACCACAAUCUGUAGACACGGAACUACCAACGGCCGUGGAAAGUCUAGUCUCAGUAGGAAUGCUUAAAGACGUCGAAUCUGUCGAUGUGAAUGGCUCUGAAACUCUAGGUGUCAGUUUAGGAACUGACUCUAUCGUAGUAACCCAGCCACAAGCUGAAGAAACUGUUAAGCCAUCAGCUUCUGUGGAAAUAGAUUCAGAAAAUCAAACAGUGGCACUAGUUGUCAAUGUUCCAGAAUCGCAAGAAAUUUCAGAAGAAGCCGUAUCGUCAAUUGAAACGAUAAGUCCACCAUUUUCAACUGAAGUUGCAGUUCCAGUAAAGUCCAUUGACGUGGAAACUUUAGAGUCUCCAGGAGCUACAGAACCUGCCUCAGUUGAACAAUCAGAGACCGUGGAUAUUGCUCCGGAAAUACACAAUGUUAACCCAUCUGAGCACUGUGAAUCGGUUCCUGAAGCGAAUGUGAAUAUACCAUCUAUGGAAAUAGUUCCACUCGAAAAUAGCCCGUCCAUGGAAAUUCAAGACGAAUUACCUCAAACAUUGGAAUCUAGUUCAGUGGAUCCCCAAGAAGUACAGCCCGUUGCUGUGGAUCCCUUACCGGUUACAGAAGUUGUUCCAGACGUAGUUCCUGUGGAACCCCCAUCGAUUGUGGAAACUGAUCCAGAAACAAGGGAAAUAGAAAACCUUGAUCCUAUGGAAAUUAAACCUGAUCCAGAAUCUAGCACAAUAGAAAAUCUGACACCUAUCGAUAGCUUAGCUGCAGUAGAGUCCAUCGAUGUGAAAAACCAAAUUAAUUCGUCAAAUCAUAUGGAACAGCAAAACAUAUCAAUAGAACCACAACCGACAGUCCCAAUGGAUACUAUACAGCCAAUUGAAAUUGUACAAGAAGUACCAUGUAACACAGUUGAUUUGAUAGCCACCACUGAAGCUGUUAAUGCUGAUCACUCAGAGCCUGGAGAAGCAGGUCUUAUAAGCGAAGUACUGCAAUUCCAUAGUUCUGGAGGAGAUCUCCCUGAAACGGACUCUCGCGCAAUAGAACCAUUACCAUUGGCACCACCAGCGGAAGUGAUCGAAGUGGUACCCCUAGGAUCUGCAGAAUUGCUGUCACCAUCUGAACCUACUGAAGUAGUUUCUCCAUCUGCUAUUGCAUUACCGGAAAAACCGGAGCCCAUGGAAAAUGCAACUGAAAUUGAAAUUGAGGAAAUGGUAUCCCCAACAUCCGUGGAGAUUGUUCCUACCACAACAGAAGAUUUACACCAAGCUGAAUCCGUAGUGGAGACCGCUCGUCCCGUUUCAGCAGUAGAAGAAGUGAAACCCAUAGAAGAUUCAACAGCUGCUAUAGAUAAGUCACCACAGAUAUCACCUAUUGAAGGAGAACAUUCUCAACAUUCGGAAAAGGAAACACCAGAGUCAGUGGAAGUGGGUCUGGACUCACCAAAUGUGGCUGACGUAAUAACCACGUCGGUUGAAGUAAUUCCUACGUCUACGACAGCUGUGACUACAUCAGAUGGAGCAUCAACCGAAAUGCCUGAACCUCCUAAAAUUUAUUGUGAGACUGCACCUCCAGCAGCUGAAGAAAUUGAACAGAACGAAACUGUAGAGACGCUAUCGGUCUCUGCUGAUACCACACUUCCUGAAGAAAUUGUUUCUCAAGAUGGGAAUCUUGAAGCCUCAGAACAGACAGCAUCAAUAGAUGUUACGUUCCAGGCAAACCUUAACAACAUGGAAUCUAAAGGAUGUGUAGAAGUUGCUGUAGAUGUUCGAGAAUCUAAAGAAGAUGAAACUCUGAUGGAACCCAUCGCAGUAGAUGUUGCAGUACCUGUAGAAGUCGUUCCCCAAUGUGCAGGUGUCGAAUUAGGAGUAUCAGAGCCAGAAGAAGCAACGCCUGCGACAAAUAAUUUAACUUCAGGUGAAAAUCCACCAGAGGAAGUGUCAGAAUUGGUGGAUGUAGAACCAAGGAACCCGCAUGAGGAAAUACAUACAGACUCCUUUGAAAAAGAUUCCCAAAAAAGUUCUGAUGCAGUGGCUUUACAUGAAGAUAAUACGAAAUCCGAGGAAAAAGUGGAUCCCCCACAGGUUGCAGAAGAAGUUGCUCCAGACAUAAUUACCUUAGACCCCCCAUCGCUUGUGGAACUUAGCCCAGAUACACAAGCAAUGGCAAUAGGAAACAUUGCUCCUUUUGAUAUUAUUCUAGAACCAGAAUCCAUCGUAAUUGAGCAACCGGUACCCGUGGUAAAACCAGAGACAAUCGUAGUGGAGAGUGACCCUGAAGCAAUUGAUCAUACAGCGCUAUUGGAACCAUCAGUUUCUGCAGAAGUCCAAGAUAAAGUUGAAUCAGCACAGCAACAAGUUUCAGAGAACAAAUCCGUCGAAGAGGAUUCACUAAAAGUUAGUAUAGGAGAAAGGGGAGAAAUAAUUUCAAUGGAUCCUAUUACGCCUGCAGAUGCGGUUUCUGAGCAGAAUUUCCGCGUUGAGGAUCCAAUAACUUCUACUGAAUCAACCGCAGUUGAAGUAAUAGCUUCUGAAUCCAUCAAUACAGUGGUUGAACCAGUUUCAGUAGCUCAAUCGCCAACUAUUGAAGAUUCAACGCCGGAGGAAGUGACUCAAUGUAGUGCAGUGAAUUCAACAGAUACCGAAGUCGCAUCAGCGGCCCCCAUCCAAGUUGAUCAAAAGAUACAACCUGUUCAUGUCGAACUCGUUUCUCAAAUCGAAGCUAGCGAUCUACAAGAAUCACCAAAAGAUACGGCACAGGUCGAAAGUGAUUCAGUGGAUCAGGCAAUCCUUACGCAAGUUUCAGAGACUGAUUCUAUAGUAGUGGAACCAUCUAGUCCUGUCAAGCAAAGCGAAGAUUCCCAAGGGGAACCACCAGGAAGUGCACAGAAUGUGUUAGACGUAGGACCUGUUGAAAUGGAUCAAUCGGCCCCUGAGGAAGUUCCUGAAACAGACCCUGUCGCAGUGGAACCAUCUGUUCCUGUCGAGGAAGAAGUGAUUGAAGUUAUUCAACCGGCUCCUAAGGAAAUUUCGGAUUCUGUGGAGCGAACCUUAGAUUCUUUAGGAAACACAGAUUUGGUGGCAGAGGCGGAAUCUGUAGACACUCCUGCAGAGAAUGCAGGACCAGAAAUAGGAACAUCCGAGUUGGAGAAGGAGUUGUUGGUAGUAUCGACGACCAUCGAUGAACAACCAUCGGCUGUUUUGGAGCCCUUAGUGUUGAUUUGCCAAGCGGAAUCUACAAAUCUGGAUCAUGAACUACCAGAGAACCUUGUACCUCAAGGACAAUCAGUUCCUGCAUCGUUACCAACUAAUUUAACCAUACAAACACAACCUACGGACUUGGAGACUCAACCAUCUAUGGAACUUAUUCUGCAAACGGAAACUGUGGAUGCAGAAAUGGUGAAACCAGUUGACAUGGGGGAUUCAACAGUAGAUAAGUCGCAGGAAACAGGGGAAAUGGUUUUGAAAUUGGAAAGCUCCAAGUGGGAACCUUUAGAAGCUACUGAGUUAGUCACUAUGGAGCCUAGUUCCGAAACGGAAUCUACCUGUGCAGAUUCCAAAAUAUAUGCUAACUUGGUUCCUCAACUAGACUCAGUUCCUUUGUCUGUACCAACCGAGCUGAGAAUACAACCCGAACCAGAGGAGCCGCAUGCUUUUGAGAACCCCAUUCCAGAAACAGUUUCAAGCUCUGAGGACUUACUAGAACCAGCACAAGUUCUUAUACAAGAAGAUCCUGUCGCUUUGGAAAACCUACCGGGCGUGCCAAUUGUUCCUGAUGUACACGCCCAUAAUUUUGAACCAUCUCCUGUGGAAAUCACUUCUCAAUCUGCGGAUACAAACGCCAUAGUUCCUGUGGAAGUGGAAACUAUUAUGAAACCAGAAACGGAAGCCCCAUCGCCUAUGGCUGUUGAAAGUACUCCAGAUUUAGAAGCUGUAGCAUUGGACACUAAAGAGUCCGUACCUGCAGCACAAGCAAUACCAGUGGAGGUUGUUCCGGAAACAGAACAUCUCACAGAGGAAACCAAAAAUGAGACGGCAAAAAUGGAUGCAGAACCAGCUAGAAUCUCAGUGGAAAUUGUUCAAGAAGAACAACCUCUAUCAUUAGGAAAUAAAAUUCCGGUGGAGAAUGAAACUUCAUCCGCACCGGUUGAAGCUCCUUUCGAUACAGUAUCUAUUCCAGCGAGUGUGGACAGCGUGGAGCAAAAGGAGAGUAACGCUAGUGAAGAACCGCACUUUGGUGAAGAUAUUUUAAAGAACGAUGAUGCAAUAUUAGAAACAGUAACUGCGAAUGCCGAUUUAUCAAGCGAUGCCCAACUAGCCAGUAUAGACCAAGAAUUAAAGGAUCCGGCAACAGAAGGUAUACACAAAAAUACAUCGGUAGACUCCAGCUAUGGCGAUUGCUUCGCCUUAGGGAAAGCCACCACUCACAAGUAUCUGCGAAGGCAGCCGAACAUCCGAGACACACCACCGAGCGAUGCAGACUCACCCAAAAGAUCCGAGCCGGUCAACCUCUUCGGGACCAUUUGCAAGUUUUACAUAAAAGACAAGCGACUGCUGGCCACAAUCGAACGAAGGCGCCGCCGCUCCUUGAUCAUGCACAAGUACCUCAGCUCCUUCGAUUCCCUGGAUGACAGCAUAGACGAAGUUGCGUAUGAUUCCCAUACUAGCCUAUUUGAGGAACUAAACGAAGUUAGCUUACAUUCCUCCAAGGACAUUCAACCCCCAACGGGCAGAGCAGCAACUCCAGUCUCUGAAGUUGACCCCAUUGGCUUAGUAGACAAUUGCUUUGCAUUUGAGACGGAUAAGACUGAAACUGAUAUGGUAGAUGAUCUUAGCGUAGAUACGGAUAAGUCCGAAUGUAUAGUUAACAUGAAAAAUAUGCCUAAGUGUGAUUUAGAGACCAAAAUUGAAUCUGACAAUUUGGAGAGUUUAGAUACACUGACAUCUCCGUGCAUUGUUAGUGCAAAAAACCGAGUUGAGUCGCUGGACUUCCAAAGUAGAACAGAUACCGCGAAUGAUGCUUGUUUAGAGAUUGACGCAUCAGAUAACCCUGAAGAUCAUUUAAAGCAUUUAGAAGUCGAUGUCACUGUGGGUGAUAAUGUUAUCUUAAGACUAGAUAUGGCCAGCCAAACCUCCUGCGAUAUGGCCGAUGAACUAGAAGUAGAAGCUGACUCCACCAUUGCCUUUAGUUUGAGCGAUAUCACAUAUAACUUUAUCAAUGAAAUUCUCUUCUCAGAUCAAUUAGGUUCUGAGUCCAUUCAAAGCGAUGAGAGUGAGCCCUCCACUGCCUGCGAGACAUUCAACGCAGAUGGUGACUCUGAUCAGGAGUUUGUUAGCCAGAGGGUCUUAGUCCUAGACGAUCAGCGAUCCCUUAGUACUAACACAAGCUCUAACAACAAUGUGCACACACACCUGCAUCUUCCUCUAACCCAAACUAACAACCCGAGCGCGGGAAGCAGACGCACCAAUGGAAAACUAACAAAUGGUUCCCUUCGAUGGUCGGGUAGCUAUGCCACCGAGCUCCCAAACGGUGGAUCAUCGGGUGCCCAACCAGACGACGUUGUCGUCGACGAUGACGAUGUUGUACUGUUGCGGCGCUUUGUGCCAGGUUCCAUUGCGGAACGCGAGGUGAAGAAGUGGUACAACGCCGUUGAAAUGCCAAAUAAUCCGUACUCCCCGGAGGCCCUGAAGCAGCGCAUCAGCGGCACCCAGGAGCGCUACAUGGAUGUGCCCAACAUCAGUCCGAGUGCUGAGCAAAAGGCACUGGCUUCGGCGCUGACGGAAAAUCCGGAUCCGCCAGCGCCCAAAGCGGAUUAUAAGCGCUAUAGCCGCGACUACUACAUCAACAAUGCUCCCACAUCCACUGACAGCACGGGGGGUGGAAAGGCCGCCACAACCAGCGCAGGCGAGGAUGUGGAGGACAUCGUGAUCAACGAGGUAAAUCAAGAACCAGAACCACAUCCACCGCAUGGCCGCAUUUCAAGUGGCGCUCAGAGCACCGCUGCCGACCUCUCUCAUUGGACCCUAUCCACGCCAGUGCGACGCAGUAGCUCACUAAAGUUCAUUAACAGCCGCCCCUUCCACUCCCCCUCCCCCUCGCUGGGCUACGAGAGAUCGGUGCCCCUCGAGCGACCUUCGACCUCGGCGUCCCAUUACCGCGAAUCGAGUCUGGGUUUGGGUGACGACGACGACUUUGACCUGAGAUCGCAGCGCUCCUGGCGGAGCAGCUACAGUUCACUGCCCAAGCGACACACGCAGUCCUCGCUAAGCCUGCACAGCAAUGGUAGCGGGGUGUCCUUUGGCUCGUCCGUGUCCAAGAGACGUCCAGCGGCAGGUGGGCCCUCCGCCGGCGUGCUCACCCAGUUCGAAAAGCAACUGCUGCACAAGGACCUCAAGCGGAAUAGCUUCCGGGCGGUGUCCGCCACAUCCAAGGACUUUGUCAUGAAUCCGCUCUUCGAGAGCGAGCCGCUGGGCGAAAAGCCGGCCCUGCGGCCGGAGACGGAGGACCAGGGUGACUCGGGGGUGGACAGCUGCCUGAACGGCUUCAGCGGUGCGGACGCCAAGUACAGCAACAAUAGUCUGCUAUUCUAGGAGCUCUGGGGAUCAUUUUGGUCUUAGGCCCCACGAUAUUUGCCAAAUUACGCAUAGCUUAGUCAAACAAACAGAUGUUAAACACUAGUCAGUAUAGCAAACCCAAUUUCUCUGUACAUAGCAAAUAGGAUGGGCAUCGGCGGGAAUAGAAAUUACGAAAUUACAACAAUAUUGAAACACGGGAAAUUAUGAGGCAGGCACAGAAUCUCCCGCACUGGAGGGGCAAACGAUUCCGACCUUUCCACUGCACCAGCACCUGUUGCACCAACCACGCCACGCGAAUGAGAGGAUCGAGCUAGUGUUCUGAUCGUAGCUUUAGUUAAUACCACUUACGUAAUGCUAAUGCCCUAGAGUAUGCAACGUUUGUUUUUAAUCAUUAUACUUGCUGUUAAUUUUAUGAAAUAAUAUGAUAAAUCCUGUACCGUAUCUGUAUGCACACCGCUAACGCUCUUUCCAACGAAACACCAUACACAUAUGCCUAGCGAUAUCUAGAAAUCUAGAAAUCUAUAAUGCAGUAAUUCCAAAUAAAGCCAAACAAUAAACCAACC